GUGGUAGACAUAAUGGUAUCGUAUUAGAUAGUGGUGAUGGUGUAUCUCAUACAGUACCUAUCUAUGAAGGUAAAACAUUUUUUAUUAUUCAUUUGUUGUUUCUCUUAAGUUAGAAAUUGAAUUCUCUAGGUUAUGCUCUACCACAUGCAAUAAGUCGUCUUGAUUUAGCUGGACGAGAUUUAACUGAUUGGAUGGUUCGUCUAUUAACAGAACGUGGUUAUUCGUUUAUAUCUACAGCCGAGCGUGAAAUUGUUCGAGAUAUUAAAGAAAAACUUGCUUAUGUUGCAUUAGAUUUUGAACAAGAAUUAGCAGCUGAAAGUCGCUCGAGUAGUAUCGAAAAGAACUAUGAAUUACCGGAUGGCCAAAUUAUAGCUAUUGGUAAUGAACGUUUUCGAUGUCCUGAAGCACUUUUUGCACCAGCUACCCUGGGUCGAGAAGACAACGGUAUUGCUGAAAUGGUUUAUAAUACUAUUAUGAAAUGUGAUAUUGAUAUUCGAAAAGAACUAUAUAGUAACAUAGUGUUGUCAGGAGGAACAACUAUGUUUCCUGGUAUUGCUGAUCGUAUGCAAAAAGAGAUGACAUCAUUAGCUCCAUCAGCCAUGAAAGUUCGAAUUGUUGCUCCUCCAGAACGUAAAUAUGCAGUGUGGAUUGGCGGUUCAAUACUUAGUUCAUUAGCAACAUUUCAAUCGAUGUGGAUUUCGAAGCAAGAAUAUGAUGAAUCAGGUUCAUCAAUAGUACAUCGAAAAUGCUUUUGA